CCGCGAUAAAGAGAAGUGAUUAGGCCGAUGACUUCAUCUUCAGCUUGCUAGUUGUCACUACUCACUUCGUGGUCCAACCACAUAAUAUUUGUUCAUUCUGACUUCCUUCAAGAUGGCAGACGAAGAUCUCUCAAUAACCACAGCUCCCGCUUCCACUGCUUCUGUACGUCCUUCGGGUCACUUCUACCCUUUCGCUACCUCGCCGGACAUCAUCCGCUCUCACGAGAAGGAUGUCUUCCUGACCGCGAGUUUGACCAACCAAGCCCAAACGAUCGCCCGCUCCCUCCGGGGUGCUCGAUUCGCGCAUACUCAUUCCGAGGCCAUCAAACGUCUGACGGAGAUCCUAUAUUUCUCUCUUACCACCUUGAUCGGGAAUCGAACAUUGGGGGAGGAGUAUUGCGACCUGGUGCAAUUGGAGGACGACACACUGCAGCUACCAUCUCUGUUUCGGCGGAUCGGAUACAUCCUAAGCAGCGUUCUACUGCCGUGGACGCUUCAGCGGAUUAUCCCCGCAUUCCGACAACGACUGCGAGCCAAGCUCGAACGUAGCAUUGCUCGCCAAGAGUACAAGAAGGCCCCAACAACGACAGGCGCGAGCAAUGAUUGCAAGCAGUCCGGCUCUCUUUUCUCGAAGCUGCGCAUACAACGAUACAUCCUCGAUAACCUCGACUCGAUCACCUCAUUGUCGCCGAUCUAUGCCGUCAGCAUCGCGACUUUCUACUUCACCGGCGCCUACUACCACCUGUCAAAACGCUUCUGGGGCUUGCGCUAUAUUUUCACCAAGAAGAUCAACGAGAAUGAGCAACGCGUUGGGUAUGAAGUUUUGGGCGUUCUUCUUGUCCUACAAAUUGCAGUCCAAGGCGUUUUGCACAUCAAGAAGGUAGCAGCCGGCUUGAAGCAUGAAGGCCAAAACAUUCAGUCCGAGGUCGCUGGAGCCGGCGGCCAAGGCGACGCGGUGAUAACUUCCAUCGAAAACCCGUCUUCGCUUCCGCUUCUUCCGGCUAGCCGUGCCCGGUACGACUUCGCCGAGGACUCGAAUGCCGUUCCUUGGAUACCUGCAGGCCAACAACGCAAGUGUACCCUAUGCCUAGAGUUGUUCAAAGAUCCGAGUGCCACCACCUGCGGGCAUGUUUUCUGUUGGACAUGUGUUCGCGACUGGGUGCGCGAGAAGCCGGAGUGUCCGCUUUGCCGCCAGGAGGUUCUCCUGUCUAAAGUCCUACCCUUGAGAGGGUAGUAGUAGUUUCAGGAGUGUCCCACAUGUUCCUGCCGUAUACGGUUUUUCUUGGCAUGUUUCAGCGUCGUAUAUUGCUUGUUUCAAAUAUACCCUUUCUAGUCAGAGAUAUAUUUUGACAUUUCCUAGCUAGAUUGCAGCC